CUCCUCCCCAACAAGACCAUAUACCGACAAGGCUGUGACGUUUUGGCUGAUGAUGUCUCCUUUGUCCGCAGAACUCCAUCUCUUACCCAACUUCCCCCACUAAUAGAAAAUCCUCCCUCCGGAUCAUAUCCAAAGAGUUCUAUAAAUAGCUAUAAACCCAAGCCCUCCAUCUCUCAUUCUCAUUUGCCUUCCCAAAGAUUCAAGAAGAAAACAACACACACACCCAAUUUGUCAGCAUCCUUUGUGGAUCAUGGACUCGACAUGGAUCGAUCACCCCUCGCUUAGCCUUGAUCUCAAUGUCGGCUCUCUCCGGUUUCCCGACGAAGUUUCGAAAGAGUUGCCCAGAAGUCCCAAGCAUGAGGGAGAGGAGUUUUUGAUGAAAAGAGAGGCUGGGGUUCUUGAGGAGGAGUUCAAUCAGGUGUGCCAAGAGAAUAAAAGACUCAAGGAGAUGAUUGCCGUAAUGUAUGAAAAUUAUGCCAAUCUCCGGAGCCAGCUGAUGGAUUUAGUGCCCACCGCAUCCUCCGAGGGAGGGUCGGUCUCGCCGGCAAGGAAGAGGAAGAGUGAUGGCCUCGACAUGAAUGGCUACAAUGAUGUGGCUAAUGGAAUGACCAACUACAAGAUUGAAAGCACCUCUAGUGAUGAUUAUUGCAAGCGAGCGAGGGAAGAUUGUAAGCCAAAGUUUUCAAAGCUCCAUGUUCGCACCGAUCCAUCAGAUUCAAGCCUUGUUGUCAAAGAUGGAUAUCAAUGGAGAAAAUAUGGUCAGAAGGUGACCAGAGAUAACCCAUGUCCAAGAGCCUAUUUCAGAUGCUCCUUUGCUCCUACUUGCCCGGUUAAGAAGAAGGUGCAAAGAAGUGCGGAGGAUAGAUCAAUUCUGGUAGCAACUUAUGAAGGCGAGCACAACCAUGGUAAUUCUUCUCAGCCUGCAGCACCCAAUGGUUCUAGCAGCGGUACUGGCUCGGUCUCUCGCCAUUCUUCGGGCCCGAACAACAUUACGCUUGAUCUCACACAACCGGGAUCACGACGGGAGGUGGAAUCACCAGAGCUUCCGCGGAGUUUGGUGGAGCAAAUGGCUUUUUCAUUGACGAAGGAUCCAGGAUUUAAAGCCGCACUAGCUACAGCCAUUUCUGGGAAAUUUCUUCAGCUCUCUCCUGCUAGGAAUAAGUGAUCAGUAGAAUUGAUCUACCUUCUAUUUUCUGCGUCUUUAGAUUUAUUUUGGGUUGCUCUAGCUCUUCAGGGUGAUAAGGUGAUGGAGAGAUGGGUGACUCCUAUGUAAAUAGAAUUUUGUUAGCAAGAGAACGACAAGGAAAUUUUAUUUAGUUGGGAAAAUGAACACCUCAGUUGCAUGCUCGAUCGAGGCUUCCCUUCAAGCAAGCAAAAUCCAAAUGAAUGAUGGAAAUAGAAGUUAAGAAUUUAUAUUCACUUGGAAAAUUCCAAGGUGAUAGGUUUCUUCCGUUGUAUGUUUCAGUGUUGGGCUUGUUCGACUACAAGAUCGGAAGAAUUAGGUGUCGAUGUAAUGAAAGGGUUGAUUUGUUUAUAUUGAUGAAUGUUGGAAAAGUUAGACUUAAUUUUAA